AGUUCCGCUCUGAGAGAAGUGCAGCCUCAGUCCGACUCAACUGAAUGUACUGCUGCACUUUAUAACAACAUUUGACUCUGCAUUGGCCUGGACGUCUUCCAGAGAAGUCCACGACCUUUCUUACCUCAAAUAUUUUUUUUGGGGGGAGGUUUGAAGAGGGGGUGAGCUGAAAACCAUGAGUCACCUCAGCCCAGGACUUAUUUCAGCCUACAACAGUCUCACAGACAAACACCUCGCUGGAUACUUCAGCAACACUCGAAUCAGGAGACAUCUGCAGAGAGCAGGACUGAUCACCAGGAGUGGGCGUAUUGUUCCAGACAAGGAGUACAGACACAAGCUGAUCCAGAGAGCCCACCAGAGACACAUUCGAGAAUGCCUGGCACAGGCCAUUUUCCACAAGGUGCUGGAGAUGGAGCGUGUCCAUCAAAUAGAGAUCAAAAGGAGACUGGAGGAGUUUGCAAGAAGGGAAAGAGUGCAUAAGAUCAAGGUGGAGCGCUCUAAAAGGUAUGAAGAAGACAUUAUCCGCAUCCUGUCUCCACGGCCACCUACGGGUGCCAGGGGCAUCAGAAAGCAGCACUCUGGGCCGGAGGGGGAGCACUCUGAAUCCUCUGAGUCUCCGGGCUCGUCGCGACCCAACACGGCUCCAGGGAAGAUGCAGAGGCCGGUGCGUCUGAAGCCGAUCCACAGUAACAACACCACGGCUUCGCUCAGACGCAGCUCCCCUUACAGACUCCUCGAGUCCUCCAAUGACAACGACCAGCACUUCAACUGCACUAUGGACAAGGAGUCCCGGAGACGUUUGACCGCAGUGGAGGCCUCCCGUGGCAUCUCACCCUACUGCCUCCCAGUUAUCAACAACUUUGUCACCCCAGUACCUCCAGCCACGAAGAGGAAAGAGAGGGGGGUAAAGGCCACUCCCAGCGGCACGCUCAGAGGCCGCAGACUGCGUCCCACCACUGCCUCCAGUGGAGCUGACGUCAAUGAGGACCCCCCUAUGCUGAGGAGCUCUGUGCACCAGAGCCGAGUGUGUGUGAACAUGAUGUACUUUGGCAAAACGGUGCAUCUCUCUCAUGACCUGACCGACAUGAGGGAUGAGGUCAAAGUGUUUCAGCAGCACUGCGGAGGAGAGAACCUGUGUGUUUACAAGGGCUUGCUCCGCGAGGGAGAGACUUUCCAGUUCAUUUCAAGGCGACACCGAGGUUUCCCCUUCAGCCUUACCUUCUUCCUGAACGGGCUGCAGGUGGAGCGGCUGAGCUCCUGCUGCGAGUUCAAACACAGGAAGGGCUCCAGACUCGGUGGCAGGCACGGACACUUCGGCUUCUCCAGCGUAGAAGGGGCCUCUCCCUGCUACAAGUGCAUCAUAGCAAUGGGAUUGGACAAAAAGCCCACUCCUCCACCAAAGAGGGUCAAAGAGGAUGGAGUAAGAGAGGAGUCAGUCAUCAGCCCAAAGGAUGCUCCAGAGAUGGAGAGAGAGAGGACUCGAGAGAACGCUGCAUCCCAUUCAGAGUGUGAGACCAGCCAACCACAGGACAUGGAGACUCAAGUCAAAGAAGAAACCGCAGCCGAGGAGGACAAAGUCAAAGACGAAUAUGAAGAAGACUUUGAAGCAGAUGAUGAGGGGCCUGCAGAAGAUGUCGAGGCAAAAGAAAAAAAAUCCCCAUCCCCGUCCGGUGAAACUGAAAAGCAGGUUGAAGAGAAAGACGCCUCGGAGACUGAAGACGACGAGAAGGAGGACGACAUAAAGUCUCGUUCAGGCUCCAGCUCCUCAGGCAGUGACCGGGAGGAGAGUGACGCUGAAGCAACCAAAGACUCCAGAGAGGAUGAGAAAGCAGAACAAGCUCAAGAGGUCCAUCGAGAGGACACUGCUGUUCCACCAGACGAAAAAGACAAACCAAAUCCAGAAGAAGCCGCAGCCACUGAGUCCACUGGGCCUAAAGACUCGGACAUACCGAACAGUGCAGGGGACAGCAUAGAGAUAGACAUCUCUGAUACCAGUGUCCCCUCAGGGAACGAGAAUAAACAGAGUGACGACACUUCGGGAGACAAAGAGGUUGAGAAAACGGUAGAUGAGAGCAAAGAGGGGGAGGAACAGGAGAGGGCCAAAUCUGUGCAGGAUAAGCUAGCAGAAGCCAUACUGCAGGAGUCCCAGUGCAGCUCUGAGCCCGAACUGAGCGACACCAGCACUGAGGAGGAGGAGGAGUCAACAGAUAAAAGCCCUGAACAGGACAACAAAGAUGCUGUCCAACAGACCCAAGCUGAAGAAAUUAAAUGUGAGGAAGGGGUCGUUGGGGAAGCUGAAGUGGUACACGAUCAGGAAGAGAUGUCUGAACCAAAAGGACAAGAGGACGAAACUGAACAAGAGCCCCACGAGAGCAGUGAUGGUACUAAAGAUGAGGAGGUUAAAAUAAACGAAGAAGAUGAAAAGGCUGCAUCAGAAGAGGACAGAAAUACAGCUGAGAAUGAUAAAUCAGAGGACACAGGAGAUACAGCUCUGCAUCCUGUAUCUGAAGAGGAAAUGGCUGAGGAUGACAAGACUUCAGAGCCUCAAGAAGAUGCAACAGCUAAAUCCACUGAUGCUGCAGAGAAAGACGAGGAAAGCGAGGAAAACACUGCAGUGGAGGCUGACACACAGCCCAGCGAGAUGGGGCAAGGGGCAAAAAGCACCGAGGAGAAUGAGUCAUCAGUAUCAGAGUCGAAUAAAAAGACUGAUGUGACAGCAGUGCCCGAUAAUGCAGAGGCGGAGGCGAUGACAGCGAGCGAGACAAUGGAGUUGAAAGCAGAGCCCUCUGAGGAGCGAGAGGCCCUCAACUGUGAAGAGGCACCUGUACCCGACACAGAGAAGAGGCAGCUAGGAGACAGCGAAGGCAGAGAAUCAGAAACAGAAGUCACAGCAGAGAAUGCAAGCAGCUCGCUGGAGGGGAGCAGAGGCACCGCAAUUGAGAAAACAGCAGAAACAAGCGAGGGCAAUUCAAAAGAUGAGAACGAUAAAGGUAUUAAAGGAGAGCAAAGAGAGGAAGUGUCAGCAGUAGAGGCUAGUGAGGAUGACAAUCAACAAGAAAGGUGUGAUAUGGAAGAAGAGCAGACAGAAAGAUCUGUGGAAAUAAAUGAUAAAUUAGAGGAGAAACCUGAAGAGGAAGCUAAGGAGGAAGAAAAGCCAACCAAUACAGAUGAGAUAACAGAAGGUGACAAUAGUGAGGAAAGCAAAGUGGAUGAUAAGGAUAAAACAGAGGAAGCAGAGAAUAACGAGAGUAAGACAGAAGAAGGUAUAGAAAACAAGGAAAACAUUACAGAGCAGACUCAAACAGAGUCAAACACUGAAGGAAAAUCGAAUGAAGAGGAAGCUGAGAAAACUCACAGCGAGGAUGAUAAAGUUGCAAAUGAAGAGAAGGCAGACAAAUCAGAAAAGACAGAGAAAGAUGAAGACAGUGAGUGUGUCAAGAAUGAAAAUGACGAGGGAGAAUCUGAAGAAAAGGGAGCCACAACUGAUAAAACUAAUGAAGGUGAAAAGAUAAGUGAGACAAACACAGUUGCUGAUGAAGAAAAGGACCCUGACGCUGAAAAUGAAGAGAAGGAUCAGAACCAGAAUAAAGCUGAGCAAAGUGAAGUUGUAACGAAUAAAGAUGACGGAGAAACUGAAGAGAAAAAAGUUACAGAGGGACAAGAAACAUCUGAGACUGCAGAAGAACCUGAGAAAAGUGCAGAUGCAGCCUUGGAUAAAGACAAUGUGACAAUAUCCGAGGAAAAUAUUGUUGAGUCAGAAGAUGUCGGUGACAGUGAAGCAGCAAAUGUAGCACACGAGAAUAAAACGACUGAAGAGGCACUGAACAACGCGAUGGAGCCUGAAGAUGUGAAGAAAGAAACUGAAAGGUUUGAAGGAUGUGGAGAAAUUGAUGCUGAAAAUGGAGAGAUUUCUACUGGAGCAGAGACCAAAACUCAUGAGGAUGAGGGAGAGGCUCAAACCGAGGGCGAAACUGAUGUAAAAACAGCAGACGAGAUAAAAACUGAGGAACCUACAGAAGAUGAGAGCUCAGACAUGAAAGAAGUAGGUGUGGAGUCUGGCGAUGGUGCUGAAAAACAGGAAGACAGCGAGGCUGAUCAGGUUCCUGACACCGAUGUGGUAGAAAGUGAGGCUAAGGUAGCGGACAGAGGUGUGGAAAAGCAAGAUGAAUCCACUAAAAACUCAGAGCCAGAGACAUCUGGUGCAGAAAUAAAAGCGGAAUCUAAAUCAGAUGACAGAAAGAACAGUGAGGAAACAAAACAAGAUGAAAAUGGGAACAUAUCUGACCCUGAUCAUGAAAACAGAGAUCCAGAUUUGAUCAAAAAGAACGAUAACGUACAGAGUAAUGUCAUCGUGGUGGUAGUUGCUUCUUCGGCUGAUCAGGAGCAAUCUGCGGCACCCAUAGCUGUGGAUUUAGUCCUUACAGCUCACGAGUUAGAUGAAUCCUCUGCACCGACUGACUCUAAAACAGACAAACAUCCACACGCUGAUGAAAACGCUGCUGACCUCUCUGCUGCCGAUGGAGACAAUGGAGACACAGAGGAGGCGAGCAAGGCCUCGGAGGAAGGAGCGAGCGUGCUGCUCAAACCACAAGCUCAAUCAGCACAGCUUACAGAAAACAAUGAGGCUGAAAACAAAGAGGAGAGUGUUGCUGUAGGCGAAGAAACCCCAGAGGCCUUAGCAAGAGAAGACCUGGUGACAAACUGGGUGAACAUGCAUCAAACAUCAAAGUUUUUUGAGACAUUUGUCGAACCUUUAGAGGACUUGAAGGAAUCAGACUCUGAAGUAUCCAACUCUAACAAAGAAGCUACACAAUCAACAGAGCUGCCGAGAUCAGCAAGUCCACUUAAGGAGGUGAAGAUGUCUGAAAAUGCAGAACAAGAGCACAUGCUAAAAAAUGCAAAUGAGGACAAAAUCAAAGAGGAAGCUGUAGAGUUAAACCCUGAGAGCAAUCACUCUGAAGAUGGCGAACAAUGUGAGAAGGACCCUGCUGCAGACACACUGCAAGUUGAGGAGGAGACUGAGGUGAAAGACUUAAAACCAGAAUCAGAGAGUGAACAAAAUGAUAAAGAGUCUGUCAAAGGGCAAGAUAUGAGGUUAGAAGAGCGCAAAGGAAGCAGGGGGUCUCUAGAAGAAGACAAGGUUCAAGAGGGUUUAAUGCAGGAUCACACUGAGCAAACUGAUGUUUCCAAAACUGAAGUGGAAAGCAUUGCAGGUACUCAUCAUUCAGUAACCAGUGGCAGACCUGAGAGCGUCCCUGAGAACCAGAAUGAGGAGAAAGCUACUGGUAACGCUCCAGACUUGAAUGAAAAACAAACAGCAGUUGAAGAGAACAAAGAUCCUCUACCUUCAUCCGAAACAGAUAAGCAUCGUGAGCGUUCACCGAGUCCAGCAGGCCUCUCUGAAUCAAAGGCUAAUGAACCGAAAGAUGAAGGGGAAGCAUGGGAAAAAAGUCGAGAAGUUACAGAAAUUACUGAUUUUACAGAGUCCAAGUCAGAAGAUGGAACUCCGGAGGAGUCCCAUUGUAAAGAGACUCAACCCAAACUGUCAGACAAGAGCGUCAGCGGAGACAGAACGGAUGUGCAGAGGAUCCAAGACAUCCAACACACUCUCAGUAAAGACCGGUUGAGCACUUUCUCAGUGGAUGAAACACUGUUUGGUCGAAGUUCAUACCCUUUGCUGACUGCUGCAAGGACAGAGAGUGGACAUUAGAGCUGCACAUGAGUGGCCCUAGGGUACAGUGGUGAUUAACUUGCUUUUUUUAGUUUUACAAGAAAACAUAUUUAAGAAGCGCAGAAGUGAAUAUAAAAAGCUACGUUCAAGAGAAAGCGCUUUAGCACGGCGAUGAGACAAUCAGAUGGCUACAAUAUUUGUAGUGAUCAGGAAAUGUAAUUUGAUUUUAGUUUUGACAGAGGCCCUCAAGUGUCUUGUGGUUUCUGUGUUUACAUUACAGUGACAUCCAAGAUAGUCUUCAUCCUUCAGUCACCAAACAGAAAAAGCUGCAUAAUGAGUUUUGACUGCUGUAUAAAAUGUUUACAAUAGACCAUCUCUUCCUAUUGUUGGUAACAAAGAGGCAUAGUUUGUGUGGGGUAUCAAGUACAGCUGCUAUCACCUAUUACGUGUAAACAGAUACUCUUCCACUCACACUCACAAGUGAGUGAAUAAUUCAUAGUUGUUGGACUCCCACAGCUUAUUUAGCACACGUUACAUUUCCACCGACUUUAGCAGUGAUCAGAGAUCUGUAAUUGCACUGUAUCUGCGUUAAUGACAAUUUUAGCAAGAGCCUCAACGUGAUUAUUUGUUUAGAGUAGACAGAAAUACAGCAGGAAUGCUAACCUAAGCUAACAUGGAGAAAUCCUUCAUCAUUUGGCUUCUAAUUAGUUAAAUAAACGUAGGCACAGAUUUGUGUCAUUAUUGCUGCUAACACUACCUCUUAUAUAAAAAAAUAUACUUAAUAUUUAUUUAUAUUGCUGGUUCACUUGAUUUUAAUGGCUGAUGUGGGUUUGUGAGGCUUCAUCUUUUAAUUUGAUAUUUGUCAAUGACUGAACCCUUGUGUGAUUUGGCCACUUAAAAAAUAAAAACAGUGAUAUGAA